AUGUCUGGCUUUUCAUUUGGAGCACCAGCAGCCGGUAGUACACCGGCAGCACAACCAACAGCUGGUUUUUCAUUUGGAGCACCGGCAGCCUCAGCGGCGCCAGCUGCACAGACAACAGGAUUUUCAUUUGGAGCGCCAAAAACCACAGCUGCCCCUACGUUAGGAGGCUUUGGAGCACCAGCUGCUUCUGCAGCGCCAGCUUUUGGUACAGCAGCUACACCGGCAUUUGGUGCACAAUCUGCAGCACCCACCUUGGGUACAACAACAACACCAGCUUUUGGCGCAACCCCGGCAACAUCAGCACCGGCUUUUGGCAGUACCUCUUUUAGUUUUGGAGCACCGACAAGUACGGCAGCAACAUCUACGGCGCCAGCGGCGGCUACAGGUUCCACAUUUGGUUUUGGGGCCGCAUCAUCUGCUCCCGCCGCCAGUGCGGCACCCAUAUUGACUUUUGGUGCCGGCACUGCUGCAACUUCCGCGGCUAGCACUUUACCAACCUUGGGUGGACUAGGGGGAGCAGCUGCAACUGGAACGAACUUUUCUUUUGGCAAACCGGCAACCACAACUUCGGCCAGUUUAAAUUUCGGCACAAACACCACAACCACACUUGGUGGUGGAGGUCUUUUUGGCAAACCCGCAACAACAGCAGCGCCCGCCACUGCACCAGCACCUUUUGUAGGUUUGGGAGGCAUUGAUGUCAGCUCGAAUAAACCCAAACCUGGCGAAUCCAAACAAGAUAUUAAAGUCAAAGAGACACAAGUACCCGAUGAAAUAGCCCGUACCGUCGACUCGCUCAAAACAUAUAUUAAAACACAAAAAACCCUGUCCUCCGAUAUUGGUCGUACAUCCACCUCGAAAUUAACAAAUGUCUCCAGUGAAAUAAUGAAUCUACAAUGGGCCCUACAAGAAAUCGCAAAUUCCGUUGAAGCCAAUUACAAUCAAAUUAAAUUACUACGCAAAGAAACCUCCAAAACAAUACAAUCUGUGGAAAUGGCUCAACGUACCCAGGAUACCCCAGUGGGUUUACAAUUCGAAAACAAUGCCCCCUUCCAAUUCUUUCAGAAUUUAGUGGCCAAAUAUGAACAUGAUUUAAUAAAUUUCCGUCAACAAAUUGCCCUCACCGAACGCCAUAUGCACUCUCUGACCAAUCCACAAAAUGUUGCUCCCGAAGAUCUGAAGCGAGGUUUCCAACAAAUCAAUGAAAGUUUCAUUUCUUUAGCGGGACGCCUGCAUGAACUCCAUCAGAAAGUGGAGGCUCAAAAGGAACAAUAUUUAAAUUUACGUAAAUAUCGUUUACGUGAUAAUUCCGAUGUCUUUGCCAAAUUAGAUAAACCCGAAGCGAAAGUGGAUACCUCACGUAUUACGGCAGGACCAACACCAUUCUCGAACAUCACAGCGAUAAGUAAUUUUGGUAAAUCAUUUGGAAAUACAACACUCCACUCGGGUACCCAGGGUUCGGCAACCCAGCAGGGGAAGUAA